CCAGAAAACAAAGAGAGAAGGAAGAAGGCUAUAGAUAUAUAGAACUCUGGCAUGGGACUCUGAGAAGAUGAGGUGAUUGAGAAACUCACCCCUGGUCUGUAACUAACUGAAUUUAGAGUGACUGAAAGGUGUGGAGAGCUUGGAUGGGAAAUCCAAAUGGCCUCUUUUGGAAAGCUUUUUACAUGUGGGCUACUGACCAUCAUUGUGAUCAUAGCAGUUGAAUAUAAAAGCACACGAGCAGCGAAUCAAAUUCUACCAAACAACCCGUCAACUGGACAAGUGUCACACCAAUGCUUCAAUGUUACCAGAUCCAUGUCUGUACUGGUGAAUACCAUGGCUGUCCUCUCCUGCUGUUUUCACCCAAUAAAGAAUUAUUUAAUGCUUACAUGGGAAAUACAUCUCAGAGACAACACUCCCUGUAUCUUAGCCUACAGAAGUGACAGGAAUGAAACCAAGGAAACAAACUGCUCUGGUGAAGGAAUAACCCGGGAAAUUAGACCUGAAUGGAACAACACACUUAGGAUAGACUCAGUGACCACUGAUAAUGAUGGAUAUUACAAAUGUGUUGUUGUAGCACCUGAUAGGAAUUUCCAAUCUAUCUAUCACCUCAGUGUGCUAGUGCCCCCUACAGUAACCCUGUCUGAGAUGGGGAAUGGGACUGUUGUGUGCAAGGCUGCUGUUGGGAAGCCAGCUGCCCAGAUCUCCUGGGUCCCAGAGGGAGACUGCUUCACUGUGAAUGAAACUCAUGACAACAGGACAGUGACUGUGAAAAGCAUGUGUAUAAGGAAUCACUUCAAUGAGUCUAAUGUCACCUGUUUCAUUUCCCAUUUGACUGGGAACAAGAAUCUGUCCACAGAAUAUGGAGCCCAAGGUUCCAUAAUAUUAAAACCUUCUACAUCAAUCCUUCGGUUUGUGAUAUUUUUCAUUUUGGGGAUCACUCUGAGCCUUGGAGUCCGCAUUUACCUAUGGAAGAUCAAGGAUAGCAGACUUUGUGAUACUACAAAAUUGGAAGCCAAAAGAGGUGCGGAUAGAGCAUCGUGAAGGAGCUUGUUUCAAGAUGACAAGAGUCCUGUGAUGUAUUGCUCUUGGACAAAUGUGGUUUUUACAUAAAAGCAUAGAAG